AUGCUGACUGCUCCACAGAAUAUGUCAUGGAGGCUGAAUACUGGUGAGUCGAGCUUGAUGUACAGUGGCAGCAGAUUUGAUCCUUCAUUGCUACUGACGCAACCUAGGAAGCACUGCAUGCUUUUCCCCAACAAUUGGUCCAUAACCGAUGAUGUCUUGACAGAGCUUGAACAAAUGAUCCUGCACGCCAUGCCUGAUAACAUUGCUUUGACCACAUCAGUCAUUCCAUUCAAUCAGGAAGAACUUACAAAAAUGCUGGAUCUCAUGGCAUGCCUCAAAUAUGCAAUCGACAAAUGGUUCCCGCAUGCGAAGUGCAUUGUAGCAUGGUUCAUGGAGAAUUUUGCAUUGGUCAAAUUCUUUAAUUUUGCAGGCAGCCCGAAGCAACAGCAUUCGCUGCUCAUCCAGAUAUCAUUCCUCUGUCUGUUCUAUGCUCCAUGGAACUACACGAAAGAGCUGGAUGAUAUCUAUGUGGACAAAUUGAUCAACCGCACACUCUGGAAGCAGUUUACAGCUAGGUUGCAAGAUGAUUGGUCUGCUCUAGCAAUAACCGCGACCGUGAUGCUCAAUGCAAACAUUGCUUUGCUUGCACUUGUUAGUGAUGCACCACUGGCAAAACUGUUCAGCUGUAUCUCAAUGGUGAAAGAACUCCUGGAAAGAAUAUCGCAUCCAAUAUUUGGAACGGAGGCGCUAGCUAUCAUAUACAGUCUUCCCUACACACUUCUGAUCUGGAGUAUGGUGUUCUUUGUCGUCGCUUUUGCAUGCAUGGUAUAUCGCUCACAGACACCAGUAAGGCAAUUUACUUUCAAUGUCACUUUCGGCGUCACUGGCGGGCUGGUGUUCGUGUUAGUGUGUUGGACGGCAUGGAUGACACGUGUUACAAAGAAGGACUGA